AGUUUGGCAACCUUUGGACCCUCAACCUCAACUUCCCCCUUUCUGAUGUGUAUACAAUUGGGAGCUACAUAUCACAGAUAUUUCCAGCUCUUUUGAUGCUUCGUUGUAGAGGAAGAAACCCACUCUAUAUACAUGAUCUGUAAUUAUGUCAAAUAUAUUCUGGGAUCUACUCUUCCCCAGGUACGGCUUGUUUGUGCCUGUAAAGGAGUCAGUCCCCUGCAUAACAAUGAGCUGUGAAGACAUCCGCAAAGUGAGCCGCUCAACACAACACUUUGGGCUACCACUGUAUUGUAUUUCUUUACAGCUUUAUUCAACAAUAACACUGACCAAUGGCGGUUGGCAUCACUCUCUGUUACUGUCCUGUGAAGUGUUGCUAUAAAGGAAAACCUUCUCCCUAACUUCCCCUCUCUUCUACUCAUAUCCUUUUCAUCUCAAAGGAACCUUCUCUAUCUCCUAUUGACUAUCUUAUAGAUUGGAGAUAGGACAAGUAGAAUCGCAGUAUCAGAACCGUUCGUUCUUUUCCCUACUUUUACUUUGUCUCUUCUAGUUUGUCUUUCUACUUCGUUUCCUCGAAAAUUCCUCCAAAACAAGCCAACCCAAGAGCUUCCCCGAACUAGCUUCGUGGCCUCGAGGUUCCCAUUUCAAAUCAUUUUGUCUUGCGUGCUGGAUAUCUGCCGUUUCCUUCUCUUUUAUUUACAACUCUGUGCACUACGCCAGCAUGGUUCAGCACCGUAUUUCUCUUGGGAGCCACCCUGUUUCGGAUUCUCCUGAGACAGUUGCUGAGAGUACUCCGCUGAUCGUGGAGGAAAAUGACUCCAUUGAUAUGAUUUCAAGGACGAUGAAAGCUUUAGUCAAGAAAAUCCAGGACUUGCGCCACUUGGGAAUCGAAAAUCAUAAGCUACCCCUUCCAAAAAUCUGUGUUGUGGGAGAUCAGAGCACGGGUAAAAGUUCACUCAUUGAAGGAAUGAGUGAGAUCAAGGUUCCCAGGAGUGCUGGCUGUUGUACUCGUUGUCCCCUAGAGAUCAACCUCUCAGACUGUGAACCGGAUGCACCAUGGACUUGCAAAAUCUUCCUAAUGAAGAAGUACAUCUAUAGCACUCAGUUGGCUAACCGUGGUGGGAGAGGUAAAGGUUUAGGGCCCUGGGUUGACCAGGACCCCGAGAUGAUUCCCUUCGUGACAAUAACGGACAAAGCUGGUGUGCAAGAUGCCCUGAAAUGGGCGCAAUGCGCUACCCUUAAUCCGUCAGCGUCUCAUGAGGACUACAUCCCAGGCAAUAAUUUGGGAACAGAUGAAACCACUCAAGUCAAAUUCUCCCCGAAUGUUGUGCGUCUGGAUAUUUCUGCACCCCGCUUCCCUAACCUCUCUUUCUAUGACUUACCAGGAGUCAUCAAUGUUGCAGAAAUCGAUACAGAGAAAUACUUGGUGACCCUUGUUGAAAAUCUUGUGAAGCAAUAUAUCUCGACAAGUAGCUGCAUUGUGCUCCUGACCCUCCCUAUGACCGAUGAUGCCACCAAUUCCAGCGCUGCAAGGAUCAUCAGAGAGGUUGGAGCAACAUCUAGGACAUUGGGUGUUCUUACAAAGCCAGAUCGCAUAGGCUAUGGGGAAGGGUAUGACCAAUGGAAGGAGAUCCUCCGUGGUGAAAAGUUCACCGUCGGUCAUAGCUACUAUGUUGUUCGCAACAACCCAAACCCGCAAGUCGAACACAGCCAAGCUCGUGAGGAGGAAGAAGAGUUUUUCAGCUCUGGACCGUGGAGAAAUGAGCUGGUUGAGUAUAGCGAUAGAUUCGGCACGCGGAACUUGCAAAUGGCACUCUCAAAGCUUCUGAAACAGCAGAUUGAGCUCAGUUUACCUGGGAUUAUGCAACAACUCCAAGCUCGAGCGCAAGAAGUCAAAAAGGAGCUGACGACUCUUCCUGAUCCCCCUUCUGCCAAUAUUCAAUUUAUUUUGUCUGAUAAAUUGAACGAAUUGAAUAAUGCCAUGCAUGCACAUAUGAAUGGCACGUCGCUAGGCUCGGAUUACUCCCUCCAGAAACAGUGGAUGAAGAUUGCUGCCGACUUCCAACAUAGCUUGUUGGUCACUAGGCCGACAAUGAGAACGUUUGCUGUGGUAGAAAACUUCACUACUAAGCAGCCAACCUCGAAUCCAGUAGGCAGGGCGGCAUGUGACGACGACGAGGGAGAUUGUGAGAUUACUGAAAGUCGUCCGUCUCCUAACAAACGUAAGGUAGGCACGGUGGAGCCUGAUGGGGGUGUCAAGAGACAGAUGAAAUCGCCAAUAACGCAUAACACCCCAAGGCCAGUCAAAAUCUGCCCUGUGAAAGUAUUCACCCUGGAAGAGAUUCGGGAAAUUAGCAGCGAGACCUAUGCCUCUGGCGUUCCUGGGCUUGCCAAUCCCUAUGCUGUUGAAGAGAUGAACAAGCUCAGCGUGAUGCAUUGGGAGCAGCCCAUGAAAGAGUUCCUCACAGCGACCUAUGAGUUGAUGGAAGCCUUUCUCAUGGGUAAACUGGACGUUGUGUUUUCCUCUUACCAGCGCACGGCACUCUAUGGAAAGUUGAGGAAGAUAAUUCCAAAUUUCCUGGAGUCUUUGAAAAACCCUCACCUCCGCGCCGCCAAUGAAUUUUAUCAAGUUGAGCAGAUGAAGCCUUUCACGAUGGCCACUGCCGCCUUCCAAAGCGCCCAGAGGGAAGCGCUUGAUAUCCUCAAAACGAAACGGCAGGCGUCUCGUGUGAUGCGUUUCUUGGAGAGUGGAGAUACUUUGGAUGGUGGAAGACGAGUCGGCCCGAGCGGAAUCUCCGAUGCCCAAAUGGGGGAGGACGAGUAUGCUAAGGAGAUUGAAAUCAUGGCGGUAUCCAGAGCCUACUACGAAAUUGCUAGCUCCCGCUUUGUGGACACGCUCUGCCAGAGCGUCCACACGAAAUUGUUCUUCAAAUGCGAUCGGGAACUUCAUUCAGUGAUCAUAAAGGAACUUGGAAUAUUGGAUAAUAACGCUUCCGAACGCUGCAUGGAGCUAAUGGUCGAAGACCCCGAACGCCAAAAGCGCCGUCGCGAUUUGAAGAAGGAGGAGGAAAAGCUUAGAAAGGCAAUGGGUUCAUUGAGUACUAUUGAGGAGGAUGCUGGCAGCGCUGAUGCAGCUGGUCCAGCCGAUUUUGAUCUGUUGCAUGCUGGGCAAGCAUGA